CAGUGUCUUUAUAGGUCACCCGGAAGGCACGCGGGGACUCGGCGAGUUCUUCGCGGCAGGGCCUCUCUGCCGCUCCAGCCCAGCGCCCCUCGCCCCUUGCCGCGGCCCUCGGGGGUCAGCACCGGAGCUGCGGUCCCCGCCUCUCGGAGACUCUCUCGGCCUCAGCGCGGUCACCGUCGCUUCCGGCAGUUCCCGACCGCGGGCGAUGGCCGCCGCUGGGGGCGCCCGGCUCCUGCGCGCCGCUUCCGCGGUCCUCGGCGGCCCUGCAGGCCGGUGGCUGCACCACGCUGGGUCCCGCGCCGUUGCGGGCGGCCCGCUGAGGAGCCGGGCGCCGGGGGGGAGCGCGGGGGCGAGCCGUCCGCUGAGCGUGUCGGCGCGGGCGCGGAGCAGGUUCAAGCGAUUCUCAUGCCUCAGCCACCUGAAUUGCUGGGAUUACAGCUCAGAAGAUAAAAUAACAGUCCACUUUGUAAACCGUGAUGGUGAAACAUUAACAACCAAAGGAAAAGUUGGUGAUUCUCUGCUAGAUGUUGUGGUUGAAAAUAAUCUAGAUAUUGAUGGCUUUGGUGCAUGUGAGGGAACUCUGGCUUGUUCAACUUGUCACCUCAUCUUUGAAGAUCACAUAUUUGAGAAGUUAGAUGCAAUCACUGAUGAGGAAAAUGACAUGCUCGAUCUGGCAUAUGGACUAACAGACAGAUCACGGUUGGGCUGCCAAAUCUGCUUGACAAAAUCUAUGGACAAUAUGACUGUUCGAGUGCCUGAAACAGUGGCUGAUGCCAGACAGUCCGUUGAUGUGGGCAAGACCUCCUGAACUGAACAAAUAGGAAUAAUUUCAUGGAAUUUUACCUAUUUUUAUAAUUAUUAUUUCUUAAUAUCAUUAAAUGAGAACAUGGAUGAGUGGACUUUGUAUUAUGACUAGCUUUACUAUUUCAAUUCACCUCAUAUAACUACUGAAUUUUGUAGUUCUUGAAAGUAUGCAGUUUUUAUUUUGAUUAUAUUACAAAAAUGUCAGUCAAAUAUUAGAAAAUAGUUAAUGUGAUAAAAAAAACUGAUUCUUUUUUCCUUAUGUUUAGUGACUUUAGCAAAACGUUUUCAUAUAAUCUCAUCUGUUUACCUAGAAGAUAGGUUAAAAAAAAAGAUAUUAUUCUUGUUUGAUGUGGGUGAAGGCAGAGAUUUAAUGGGCUAUACCACUAAUUAGAAAAUGUGUACUAGAACCUGUGUCUUAUUACUGUAAGUUAUAUGUUCAGACUGAAACUGGAGACAUUAUGACUAUCUUAUUUAUAGCAGUAGUUAAAUAUGAUUGAAUUGCUCAGUUAACUGCUUAGCUUCAAAGAUAGUUAUUAACCUUAUACAUAAAUAUUUCCAAAUUUUGAUUGUGAAGUUUAAGUCUGAACAUAGGCAUUGUAACACUGCCAAAGAAGUUCGAUCUCUGUUUUGACUAAACUAGAGGAAGGACUAUUGGAUGUGUUUAUUCUUUUCUAUUCUGAAAAGAAUGGCUUAACUUUGUACUCUUUGAAUAACAAUGCUGAUUUAUAAAUCUCUGCCUGUAACGGAAUGGAAACCUUAUGAAUGAAUUAUGUGUCUCUGUCCUGAGCUGGAGAAGGGAAUGAGCGGGCUGACAUAUCACACAGCCCCAGGUGGCGCCGUUCUCUCACACAAGGGUGGAGCUCCAGCCUGUGCUGCGGUGUGUGUCAGUCCCAGGAGGGAGGGAGUGGCCUGAGCACCACAGAUUACCAAGUAUGUGUGGAAGACAUUUGUAUUCUUAUCUUUGCUAUAAAUAAAUUCAUGAAAGUUAACAAAGGG